AUGUCGGCAAAACUGCGGCUCGUAGUCGCGUUCUUGCUGCCGCUCCUUGCCAUCGCCUCCGCGUUUGAUCCCUUCCACCAGAACAUGCCACAAAUGGAGCCAAAGAUGGCGAUGGGAGGCGGCCAGCCUCCAUUCAUCCCCCACGAGUACGUCCGCUCCGCUGACGUCAAGCGGCAAUGCCGGUCGGUGCUCUCCUCCGCCACCGAGCUCACGUUCGACGCCAGCCGCGCCAACGCCCUCAUGCCGGAGCUGACCUUCGUCAAGGGGGACGGGAAGCAGGACGACGGCGGUGUGCCGCUGAUGCCGUUCGACGGCACCGACGUGUCGGGCGACGACGUGGCGCCUGACCCGCUGGAGCUGGCCUCGUUCAUGCUCACGCACGUCGACGUGGGCCGCCGAGGGAAGACGGCCCUCAACGUCAGCGGCGUGCUCGGCGUCGCCGUCUCCCGCAACGGCACCGGCCCGGUGAUGGGGCCGUACGUGUCGCCCGAGCUCAAGGUGUGGCCCGGGAGCACCGAGCUUAAGAUCCUCUUCGAGGGCGUGUACACCGAGAACGGCGACGGCGAGAGCGUGCUCUGCAUGGUCGGCGACGCCCUGCUCCCGAGGCGCGGCAGCGACGCCGGCAACCCGUGGGUCACCAAGGACGAAAACAUACUGAUCGUGCUCCGGUACCCGACGACGCGCGCCGUGCGCGGCGAGCUGACGAGCACGAACGCCAAGUCGGACGUCGCCUACUUCGACGCCGUGCACCUGCUCUCGCAGCUGGGUGCCUACUCCAACUACAAGUUCGGCUCCGAGAAGCUCGUGGACAAAGCGUGCAGCACGCACCCUUACCGCGACGACAUCCUCGGCGGCGGCCGGGGUCUGUACAAGGGCAACUCCUUCUGCGGCAUCCUCGACCGGUUCACGUCGGAGGACGUGCUCGCCGUCGUCCCGAACUGGCGGUGCAACUCCACGGACGCGGUCUGCCGAAGGCUCGGUCCGUUCGAGACGGACAAGGCGAUCGACGCGACGGACGGUGCGUUCACGUACGUGAGCAUCGUGAUGCAGGACGUCCGGUGCGAGCCGAGGAACGCCCCGAGCGGCGAGAGCUCGGCGAGGGUGUCGGCCGUGUUCCGCGCCGUGCCUCCUUGGGAGCACAAGUACUCGGCGGGCAAGCGGAGCGGGCUCAGCGGCAUGACCCUCUCGGCCGAGGGAGUGUGGCGCGCGUCCACGGGGCAGCUUUGCAUGGUGGGCUGCCUCGGCGUCGGGGCCAAGGCGUGCCAUUCCCGCGUGUGCCUCCUGACGGUGGGGCAGAUCACCCGCGUCGACGGCAGCGGCGGCGUCGCGCACUUCCCGCUCACGAUCAAACGCACGGUGCACCCGACGGAGCUCUGGAACCGGUUCGGCGUCUCGGGCGGCGCGCCGCUGAGCAUGGCGUACAACUACAUGAAGGUGAGGCAGGCCAGCGAGUUCCUCAGGCACAGCGAGCCGUUCGAAUUUGGGGCCGCCCUCGCCAAGUCGCUCCUGAGCUACCCAAGCGAGCGUGGCAGGCCCAUUGAAACGUGCGGCUCACGUGCUUCGUCCGUCAUGCUGGCACUGCCACGUCGUCCGGAGGCCGCUCCAGAUGGGAAAUGGACCUGCGGUGAACAACUUGACAAGUUCAGGGGUCUAUUUUCCGUGUUCAUAAGUUCGUGGACCGGAUUGGCACAGACCGACAAGUUAAAGGGCCGCCAGUGUAUUUCACUCUUUCCUAUUUAUUAG